GCCACCACGCCCGUAUCACCGUGGUCCAGGAAGGCAACCACCGAGAUGUAUGAAUGCCGGGCGGCAGACGAAAUCGUGAAUCGGAUUAUUACGGAGGAGCUUCUUUAAAAUCCCGAUAUCCGACAUCAACGCAUGCAACGCCAAUAAACAUUAAAUGGACGGAGGGAGCGGAGCCGUUUACAUUUCUUAAAGAAGAUACCCCCUUAAUUAUUUAACGUCCGAUCACCAUAGAAAAAAGAUCGAUCAAACGAGGGGACAAAAAGAUCUCUCACACACAGAGAGAGAGAUCGGAAGAUAGCAAAGAUGGGGAGAUCUCCGACGAUCUCGUGCUUCAAGUUUAUGACGUGCAGCGGCGAUGUAGCCGGCGGCGACAAUCCCGCAUCGGUGGAGAGCAAAGCAUCACUGGAUAAAGGGAGGUGGAGUUUCCGAAAGAGAUCCUCUAAGCAUUCUGUGAUCUCAGAACCUGGCUUUAACACGAAUAUACCAGAAACAAUGACAAAUAACUCCCACUCUGGAAAGGAAUCACCUCUUCCAGAAAGCCCACCCAUGCUAGAAGAGAUAAAUGAAAAACCCCCAUUAUCAGCUGCAGUUAAUUCAGAAGUAGCUGAUACAGUGCAGUUGUCUGUUCCACAAAGCCCUUCCAGGCUAGAACAGACAAAUAAAACAUCUCCAUUACCAGCUGUAAUUGUUCCAGAAGUAUCUGAUGUGCUACUUCCUGCUGAAGUUACAACCACCAUUGACAACAAUUUCCGGGAAGAUGUUGUUAUCGUCAUCCAAGCUGCCAUCAGGGGAUAUUUGGCUCAAAAGGAACUUGAAAAACGUAAGAAUGUUGUCAAGUUGCAAGCUGCUGUACGUGGUCAUCUUGUUAGGAGACAAGCUGUGGGAACUUUGCGAUGUGUACAAGCCAUUAUCAAAAUGCAAGCACUUGUACGGGCUCGCCGUGCACAUCAACCAGAGAACUUUGCUGCAGAAGAGAAGCUUGAUGAGAAAAUCCAGUUUAAUAGUGGCAUGAAAUCAGAUACAGCAUAUACUUCAACUGAGAAAUUACUUUCCAAUGCAUUCGCUCGUCUGCUUCUGGAGUCGAUGCCCAAGACAAAACCCAUUCAUGUCAGUUGUGAUCCUUUGAGAUCUGAUUCAGCAUGGAAAUGGUUGGAGAGGUGGAUGGUUGUGAUGUCUUCAGAACUAGGGCAGCAGCAGGAGAGAGAUGAUCAGGGGGAGAAAGAAAAGAUCAACUUUGCUGCUUCCGAAGUAGUAAACAUUGUUCCUCACACGGUCACCUUUAUAGCAUCAGAUUCAAAGUCAUCUCCUAGUAUUGCAAUUGUGGGUGAAGGAGAUUCCAUAAAGAAAGAUACUGCUGAAUAUGAAGUUCAUGGUUCUGUAUCCAUUUCAAAUCAAAGUGACAGUUCCGUAGCAAAAGGUGACCAAGAACAGUCCCAGUAUGAGAGUAAGACUUCAGGCCUGAUAGAAGAGAAUAAUGAAUCUGCAGCAUCAAUUGAAGGUGAAGCAGAUAUAAUAUAUGAAAAUUCUGCUGAAUAUCAAAUUAAUGUCCCUGUAUCUGUUCCAAAUCAAGAAAUCAGCUCUGUAGCAAAAAAUGACCAAGAGCAGUCCCAGUGUGAGAGUGAGACUUCAGGCAUGAUAGAAGAGAAUAUGAGAAGUGGGGGAGUUGAGGAGACUUUUGAUUCUACCACAAGUCAAGCACCAGCACAAUCAGAUGCAACUUCACAGUCCUUACUUGAUAACAAUUCCACCAAUUCUGGAUUUGACAUGGAAAACCAAAAGUGUAUCAUUGAAAGGGCAACCUGCGAACCACUGGAGACUCAAGGAAAAAAGUGUGCAUUGAGGUCAAGAAAGGAACUCAGUCCAGCAUUUGCUGCUGUACAAUCAAAAUUUGAGGAACUGAGCUCAGCUUCUGGUGCAAGCAGGUCUGUCACUUAUGUUAAUCGAGGUGCUGGUGUUCAAUCUAAACUAAUUCAUACUCAAGUUGAUUCUCCGACUAAGACUGAGGGGCAUAGCAUGAUACAAUACUCAAGAUCUCAUGGUCAAGUUGAGAAUUCUGCUUCAGAAUGUGGCACUGAGAUAUCUGCCUCUUCUACAUUUGACUUGCCAGAAGGAUCUGGCGUUGAUGACAAGGGUACUGCACUUAAAGUUGGAGUUUUACAGAAUGGAAAUUGUAAUUUGACUGAUGAUGCUGAUAGUGCGUUAAGUAAUGAAAAUAUGAAUUCUGACACAAAAUUUAGUCACUCUGAGUCAGAUGUGUUACAGCCACAAAAACUUAAGGAAAGUGAAGAAAAUUUGUUCAGUGCUGCUGCUGCUGUUGAUUCAAAACAGGAGAAUCAACUGCCAGCAGAGUCAACAACAUCAAGCAUUCAGAUUCAAGUUGAAAAUAUGAAAGAUGCACAAAUUUGUAGUUUAUCACCAGAGGGUUCUCCCAGAAGCCAUGUAACUGCUCCAGAGUCACAUAGAACACCAUCAAGCCAGAUCUCAGCAAAAUCUAAAACCAGCAAGGCAGAAAACAAUAUCCAUGCUCAAAAGCAGAGAUCUCAGUUGGCACGCAAGAACUCACCAUCAAUUCCAAAGAAUGACUCAGGUGCAAGAAAAAGCACAGAACAUUUGCCAAAGGAUGCAAAGAAUGCUAAAAGACAUAUCUCAUUCGGGAUGGCUAAACCUGAUCAUGAUGAUUAUGAGCCUGGGGACAGUAGCAGCAACACCCUUCCAAGAUACAUGCAAGCCACUGAAUCUGCAAGGGCUAAGGUUCACGAUAUCAUCUCUCUGAAAGCAAGUACAAAUGUCCAUGACAAUGAUGACCACAUGAAGAAGAGACACUCCCUACCUAUUGGAGAUGUAAAGCAGGAUUCAUCCCCACACAUGCAGAAGUCAACACCACAAGCACAACAGAAUCUAAAGAGGAACAACACCCAUUCUCCUCAGAACUCUGCUGCAUGCUAGCAUGGUUGAAGUGACUCGCAUGACGAAAUCUUCCUGUUUCAGAGAGGAAAUGGCAAAGAUGAUCAGGCCUUGUUAGUAAUUUAUGAUAUGAGGACCCCAUUACCCAUAGAAGACUCGUAGCAAGGUUGUUGACAGCUGUUUCAGAGCAUUGUGAGUUUUUCCUCUUGCAGUGUGGCUUCUGAUGAUGAUGAAAGUGUGGCUUAUGACUAUAAUUUGUGGCAUGAUACAUGAUUAGGGAAAAGAGUCAUGAUUGUACACAUACAUUAACAUUGUGUGAGGGAUUUAUAUAUUUAGAAUUGGCCUUGUUUUUUGUGUGUGAGAGAACAGGUGUUGAUAGCACUCGGUUGUAUUCUUGUAUUAUUAAUAAUGUAUGAACCUAAGAUGUAAUUUUUUUCAACAGAUUAUGAAAUUUCUGGGUUUUGAUUGUAAAA